AUGGAUUCUUGGCUCUACAGGUGGACGCAAAGCAGGUGAGUUGUGAGCGCAUUUGCUGCUCUUUGAUGCAGAAUCUCAUUCCCCCCUCUUGCCCCUCGUGCUUUCCAGUUCUUAGCUAGAUGCCUGCCUGCUGCACUAACGAUUCAACCUUGGCGGACACGACGGCCUUCCAAGGUUCCCUUUAACGGCUCAACAGACACAACACUAUGUCUGCAGCCCGUCCGCAAUCCUCGACCAGCCGUCUGGCAUUUUGCAACCUCAACCGGAUUGCUGGAUGAGCACUUCCUGGACAUCCCUGGCCUUCCUGCCAACUUGCCUACCACCGUGGAGCACAUGCACCAAACCCAGCUCAAGAGAUCCAGUUGUCUCAAUGCUGCUGCUCAAGUGCAGCUCAACGGUUUGGACUAUCAGACAGACCUGGAGACCAAUCACCUUGUCCAAGAGAUAGAGCCUGCAUCACACGUACAGCGCACAGAACAGGCAGAGCCAAUGGGUGGCCCUGUGUCACUAUACAAAGAGGGUUGA